UAUUGGUAUUGGGCCUGAGCUCAUUUUCAUUCAUCCCUCCCACAUUUCAAAUUCACACCCCACUUUCUCUCUCUCUCUCUACUGCCUCCUUCGUUCUUCAAACUUAAACCCUAGCAUCACCACCAACAAUCACUCACCAAAUCCUCCAUUCUCCACCACCAUAUCUCACACCAUGGAGUGGAAUCCAGAAACCCUCAAAAACCUCUCCCAAUGUUUCCUCAACACUCUCUCUACUCAACCCGAACCCCGCCGCGCCGCCGAGAAAGCCCUCUCCGACGCCGCCGACACCGCCAACUACGGCCUCGCCGUUCUCCGCCUCGUCGCCGAACACUCCGUCGACGACCAGAUCCGUCAUAGCGCCGCCGUCAACUUCAAGAACCACCUCAAACAACGCUGGGUGACGUCAUCCGCUACUCCUAUUUCCGAUCCUGAAAAAGAACAGAUCAAACAGUUAAUCGUCCCUCUCAUGCUAUCCUGCGCCCCGAAGAUUCAGGCGCAGGUUAGCGAAGCCCUAGCCGUUAUUGGAAACCAUGAUUUCCCCAAAUUAUGGCCUGCUUUGCUUCCGGAACUAAGAGCGAGUCUUGAAACGGCUCUCAUUGGUAAUGAUUUUGCUUCUGUGAAUGGUAUACUUGCGACUGUUAAUUCCUUGUUUAAGAAGUUUAGGUAUCAGUAUAAGAGUGAUCCUAUUUUGCUUGAUUUGAAAUACUGUUUGGAUAACUUUGCUGCACCUUUGUUGAGUACUGUUGAGAGUAUUGCUGUGAAAAUCAAUGCUGCUGCCGGUUCUGGUCCCGGUUCCGUUGUGACGCUUCGGCAGUUAAUCGAAGCGCAGCGGUUAUGUUGUAGGAUAUUUUAUUCGCUGAAUUUUCUGGAUUUGCCUGAGUUUUUUGAGGAUAAUGCGGAUAAGUGGAUGAAUCAUUUCAAGAAUUAUCUUACAACAAGGUAUCCAGCGGUUGAAGAUAGUGGUGCGGAUGGGCUGGCUUUAGUGGACGAGUUGCGUGCUGCGGUUUGUGAUAAUAUAAGUCAUUAUAUGGAGAAAGAAGAAGAGUUGUUUCAAAAGUAUUUGAGUGGGUUUGUGGAAGCGGUCUGGAAUCUUCUUGUGGCUGCCUCGGCGUCUCCGAGUCGGGAACGGUUGACCGUGACUGCUAUCAAGUUUUUGACUAUUGUUAGCACUAGCGUUCAUCAUGGUUUGUUUGCUGGGGAUGAGAUAUUGCAGCAGAUUACUCAGAGUAUUGUUCUUCCGAAUGUGAUGUUACGGGAUGAGGAUGAAGAGCUGUUUGAGAUGAAUUAUGUCGAGUUUAUACGGAGAGAUAUGGAAGGGAGUGAUCUUGAUACGAGGAGAAGGAUUGCCUGUGAACUUCUUAAGGGGAUUGCGGGAAAUUACAAAGAUAAGAUUACACAAAGGGUUUCAACGCAGAUUAACAAUUGUUUAGCUAUGUUUGCUGAAAAUCCUGCUGCUAAUUGGAAAUACAAGGAUUGUGCUAUAUACUUGGUUGUCUCUCUUGCAACAAAAAAAGCAGGCGGUGCUUCGGUUUCUACUGAUUUAGUAGAUGUUGAAAGUUUCUUUAGAUCGGUUAUUGUGCCAGAGUUACAGGGCCAGGAUGUGAAUGCAUUCCCGAUGUUAAAAGCUGGUGCGUUGAAGUUUUUCACUAUGUUUCGGGUCCUGAUUCCUAAACAGAUUGCUUUGGCUCUUCUUGGUGACGUGGUUCGGUUUCUUAGCUCAGAUGUUAAUGUGGUUCAUUCUUAUGCUGCUAGUUGUAUUGAGAAGCUAUUGCUUGUCAAAGAUAACGGGGUACAAUCAAGAUAUACAUCGGUGGACAUUGGUCCAAUUCUGCCAGUUUUGAUGACGAACCUUUUUGGAGCUUUGGAAAAACCCGAAUCAGAGGAGAAUCAGUAUAUUAUGAGGUGUAUCAUGCGUGUUCUUCAGAUUGCUGAUAUAUCUCCUGAGGUAGCUUCACCUUGCAUUACCGGGCUUACAACGGUUCUAAACCGGGUUUGUGAAAACCCUAAAAACCCUGUUUUUAACCAUUGUUUAUUUGAAGCAGUGGCUACCCUUGUUCGAAGGACGUGUGAAAAGAACCCUUCUCUUGUUCCCGCUUUUGAAACAUGUCUUUUACCGAGCCUGCAAAUGAUAUUAGCUAAGGAAGUAACGGAAUUCUUCCCUUAUGCUUUCCAGUUGUUAGCUCAACUUGUUGAUUUGAACCGACCUCCGGUCCCACCACAUUACAUGCAGAUAUUUGACAUCUUAUUAACACCCGAAUUGUGGGAUAAGUCUGCAAAUGUUCCUGCUCUUGUUCGUUUGCUUCAAUCGUUUCUUCAACAAGCUCCGAAUGAACUUAAUAGCAAUGGGAGAUUAAGAAAUGUUCUUGGAAUAUUUAACAAACUUGUUAACAAACCGAGCACCGAGGAACAAGGGUUUCAUGUACUGAACCCGAUUAUCGAAAAUCUUGGAUACGAUGUUUUGUCAGAAUACAUGAUUCACAUCUGGUCUUCGUUAUUUACUCGCCUCCAAAAGAGCAAAACACCAAGACUUGUUCGAUGUCUGAUUAUCCUCAUGUCUCUUUUUCUGGUCAAGCAUGGUAAUCAAUGUCUCAUCGACUCGAUUAAUUCCGUUCAGGCGAAUAUAUUUAACAUGAUUUUGGAUCAGAUUUGGAUACCGAAUCUUAAGACCAUAACGGGUUACACAGAGGUUAAACUGAGUGCAGUUGCAUCAACUAAACUGCUUUGUGAAUCAACCUUGUUAUUGGAUCCUGCUGCUGAACAGUUAUGGGGUAAGUUGCUUGAUAGCGUCGUUACUCUUCUUUCACAGCCUGAAGAAGAACGAGUUGAGGAUGAACCUGAACUUCCUGAUUUUGGUGAAGCAACUGGUUAUCAAGCUACUUUUGUUCGUCUUCACAAUGCUGGUAAAAAGGAAGAAGAUCCAUUGAAGGAAAUUAAGGAUCCAAAACACUUUUGCAUUGCUUUAUUAGCAAAUCUUUCUGCUCAAUUUCGUGGGAGAUUCCCACCGGUCAUAACCAGAUAUGUUAGUCCUGCUAAUCAAGCUGCACUUCUUCAGCUCUGCACUUCCUACAAUCUUGUGAUAGCGUGAAAACAGUUGGGUUAAGGUGGUUCAUGUGUGUCCAACAGUGGAGAGUCGAGUCGAGUCACAAGCGUCGUGGGUUCAGGCGGUUCAUGGUGUGAUUCAUUUUGCAGUUCGUGUUUCAUACAUUUUUGAAGAUGGCUGGCUACCAGGGUGAUAUUUUUCCUCGAUGCAAAAGGGUCUUUUUUUUAGUAUGUGUAGCAAGUGUGUGUUGUUUUCAAACAAAGUCAUUGAGAUAUAUUAAUGCUCUGAACAUUGAAUAUGAGAAGUUGUGAAGAAAUUGAUAUCUCCUUUUUUUGUGUCAAAUCUUAUGAAAAUUAUCACCAAUAUUAUUUAAUCAA